AUGGAUGCUGUUUGUUUCGAAGACCAGUUGUGCGAGGAGAUCCGCCGUCACCCACAUUUAUAUGAUUCGUCUUUAGAGCAACACAGAGAUAGUCGAGUGGUGUUGAACUCCUGGAGAGAAAUCGCGCAAACGCUCGGGAAAGAUGAAAACAGCUGCCGUCUGAAGUGGAAAUAUCUCCGAGACAGAUAUGUGAGAGCCAAGAGGAAGCUGAGAGAGAGGAGCAGCAGUGCAGCUGGGAGUGUCUGUCCUUACAUCCCCUCCAGUGUUUCCAUGUUAGACUGGCUCUCUGACUUCAUCAACCAUCGUGCUAAGGAGUCCCCUCAGACACUCAAUUGUAUUAUGAAUGAAUCCGCGUGCACGUCCGCGCGAUCAGAGCAAGACAGCAGCUGUCCGGGGAACGCGCAAAGUCCUCAGCUCCCUCUGUCUUCGCUGCACCUCCUGGUUCCUCCACUGAGGCUGAUGUCAGCCUGUAUGUGGCAGGUGGCCCAGGAGAGAAAUGUAGACCAGUAUGACAAACUGGUAGAAUUCAUCAUGUUAGUGACAGAGAUGGUCCCAGAGCUGCUGAACUACAAACAGAAGACUCAGCUCAUCCUGGGUCUGAGAGCAAGGGUCAUCCUUGAAUCCUUAAAGCGGAUGGAUGAGGUUGACUGUGAAACUAUUCAGGAUCAUCUGGACAGUUUCCAAAAGAUAACAAACUACAUACAUGAAGAAGACCCAGAUGGAGAGGUGGAGACAUCAAAGUCAGCAUUCAUGGAGCUGGUUCAAACAUUACUGACAGACCAAUCUGAAAAAGAGGCAUUUUUCAAGGAGGUCUUCCCAGUCCAGUAUGGAGCUCGUUUUGAUACAGCGCUGCAGAUCCUGGUGUGGGAGUUCUUCUACCGACUGGAAGAGUUCCUCCCAGUACCAAGUUUUUCACAGGUGUUCUCCAUGUUUGACGUUUCUUCCCUUGACUAUGAGUUUGAGCAGUUUGUCUCUGACCCUGAAGACCUGAGGAGGAUUUUGCAGCAACAACAGGAGCAGAAAAAAAUGACGAAAAGUGAGUUUACCUUCAUGUCAGACACCAUCCUCUGCACGCUCGCAUCUAAACAGAUGUCAGUGGCAUCUGAAGAUCAUGUGGAUCAAGAUUUGGAUGGAGGAGAUGAUAGACAAGACAGUGGGAAAUCACAGGCAAGAAAUCAAGAAAAGUCAGAAAGUGCAGAAGACAUUUGUGAGGAUGAUGAAGAGACGGACGACAGUUCCAUUGAAACUAAUCCAAACUCUCCGCUCCAUGAGUACGGGCUGUCACCACUCUCUUCUUCUCCAUGCUCUGAGGCAGGUGACGAUGAAACAGCUGGUGAAGCCUCCUUCCUGUCUUCUAUAUGCUCCAUGGAAAUAGUGAAGGAACAUCUGGAUCUGGGGGGAAACAAGGAGUCAUCAGAAGAGAGAACGAUCCAGUCAUUCAACGAGGACUCUAACAGCACCAAUAAAAACAUCUGCCAGAAGUGUGGCAAGACUUUUGCAUCUCGUUACACCUUGAAAAACCAUGAAUCUGUUCACACUUCCGCGCGGCCGUUCAAGUGCACUCAGUGCGACAAGGCAUAUAAAACCCGUAAAGACCUGAGACAUCAUUUCCGUAUUCACUCUAACUCUGAAGGCCCGUCUUAUGCUUGCAGCCUUUGUAAGAAGAAAUUCAGCUCUCGGAGUUCGCUUAAAGUUCAUCUGCGCCGUCACAGCGGAGAGAGGCCGUUUGCCUGCUCGUACUGCGACAAGAAGUUUCUCACAAACGGAGACUUAAAGGCCCAUGUGCGCAUUCACACCGGGGAGCGCCCGUAUGCCUGUACUUUUUGCAACAAGAAAUUCACACAGCCGUAUAUGCUCACUGUGCACCUCAGGAUACACAAGAAAGACAACCCGUACCUCUGCAGCACCUGUGGGAUGUCCUUUCCGAGCUCCGGGGCCUUGCUGGUGCAUACACGCAAACACACAGGGGAGCGGCCCCAUAAAUGUGACUUCUGUGGGAAACGUUACGCCACAGCUAUACGACUGACAGUACACCGGAGAUUCCACACAGGAGAGAGGCCGUAUUCUUGCUCAAAAUGUGACAAAUCGUUCCACUGUGGUUCAGGACUGAAGAGACACAUGAGGACACACACGGGAGAGAAACCCUACCAAUGUGUCACAUGUCACAAGAGGUUUUCAGAAAAAUCCAAUAUGAAAAUACACCUCAAAGUCCACAAGAACCUCUAGUAUACUGACGUGGAUAAUUAGCCUUUAGAUAUGUAUGAAAGCCUGCUUUGUUCAUGUCAGUAAAUCACCAACGUGAAUGUGUAUAUAAACGUUGACUUGGGACACUCAAAUAUUACACGUAUGGAAUAAUGUGUACAUAUUGUGUCUGUAAAUGCACCUUGUGUUUGGAGGGCAUAAUAUUUAAAAUUAGCGGAAAGACAUCUUGUCAGAAUUUGCUGAUAAAAUGUACAGAUUUUAACUCAGAAAUAUUGAUCCUUUGUCCCAUAACAAUGUGAAUGAGUGGCCAAAUAUCAAUUUCUUUACACUACCUAUAAACAUUUUUGAUAAAAUUCCUGUAUAUAAAUUUGUUUUAAAACUGCAAUGAAGAAAUGUACUGGUUAUCACAUUUUACAGCUGAAAAAUAAACUUCACAACUCUGGUGGACAAACUAUACAAUAGUGACAGUCUUUAGAAAAGUCUGCCAAUUCUGUGCUUCAAUUUUUU